AUGUCUUUUCGUUUCUCUGUUCCUCAUGCAUAUGAUCCAAAUAUGAAUAGAGAGGAUCUUUUGACCCUUUCCAGAACGACUUCUCAUUCUUAUAAAAGUGGUUCAACCUCUCAAGCAAAACAGAAUGGUAAUGCCAAUGGCGCAACGAACACAUCAAAUGGCAACAAACCAGAACAUGCGAAGCAGCCUUAUGUAUUCGCUGACCCGGACAGCGCAACGGGAGUGAUAGAACGUCACGGAGAACUCAGAGGCUACGAAAUCUAUCUUGUUGAGCAAUGGGCAUGUUCGAGAGUCCAUCCUACUUUCGUUAUUACGACCUAUACAGGAGACGACAGACAUAGGAUUCAAGUAGGCGUGCUGGGGAUACCUGCAGAUAAGGAGACAUGGAAUCCGAGACUUCGAGUUUAUUUCAACGCCAUUUCCCAACACCACGCCAGGCCUAAGGACACGCCUUUGGGAACAUUGAUGGUGACAAAUUUGAGCAGUUUUCCUUCUGGCCUAAAUGUUAUUCCUGUGCCGAAUGGAGAUGUAAGGAAGCAUAGGGAAGAUUUCAUCGUCAACGAGAAUUUGAAGAGGUUAGGAUGUUCUGGACGAUCCGGCAUGAGUCUUCAAGCCCCGGCCGCUGCCACACAAGCCAAAUUCUUCCAAUUAUACAGGACGAGCGAUCGAAUACCUCUCUAUGGCGCUGUCAUCGAAUUAGUGAAACUUUGUCAAGUCGCCCUAAUGAUAUUUGGAAAAUUAGAACAGGAAUAUGCGGACGGCUGUCUCUGCGACGUUACGGAGAGAGCGAUAAAUGAUUGGUGGACCGAAAUUGGAUCCGAAUACUAUAAUAUUGAACCCUCCGAUGGAAUCUUGGGUCCGACUACUGUGGCCGCACUCCUAGGGUUACUCAUGGGUGCUAGAAAUCGACUCAACUACUAUGGAGCCCCGGUGGCGAAGGACGCAUUCGAUGUUGUUAGUCUCAAGCGUGGUAUUGCUUAUUUUCAAAAGUCCCAGAAGAUGGAGCGUACUAGGAGAUUAGAUAGGCACACUUUGCAGAGAUUGCAUCAAAGUACUGCGAAAGGUGCUGCGGGAGAAGGUUGGGCAGUUCCAAAAGCAGUCAAAUCGACCCUUGCAGAAGUCAGUGGGAAGAGUGGUGAAAUGGUUAUGGGAAUGGUUGGUCGUGAUAAAUCUGGUAUUGCUGACAUUGAAACCUGGGAUUUAGAGCGCUUCAUAAGUUUGAUACACGGAGCAAGAUCCAAAUGGCUAUGGUAUGGAAAAUCAAGACGGACGGGUGCCGAUGAUCACGGAAAAUCAGAACCCGCUGCGGCUCACAUGUCAUUUACAAAGGAUGACCACGGCGGGUACAUGUGGUCUCACAGCAGAGCUGAUUCAAUGCCACCAGAGGAUGAUGUAGAUAUCCGCAAGAAAGAAGUCUCCGAUGAAAUAUACUCCGCACAGCCGCCAGGAUCGGCCACGAGCAUGCUGGAAACACCAAACGAUCGAGAAAUCCAACUCCAUAAAGCUGUUUUCAAGAAAGCUACAGGCAAAAUGAGUGAGGCUAAGCAAGGGUUUGGACGAAUCAAGGAUGCUGUUGGCCUACGCGGCCAUAACAGUAAACAAUCGAAAGACGAAAUUCGUGAAUUCGAUGAGAACGGUGGUUAUUUUAGCCCGGGACAUUUGACUGCAACACCUCAUGGAAUGGGCACACCAUCUAGCCCGACAAUCAAUAAAGCAUUUAGUUGGAAAACCAAACCAGGAGAAUAUGAAAAUGGGUUUCCAAAAACUAAAGACUUCGUAAAUGGAUUAGCGCAAGCUGGGCUACGCGAAAGUGAUAGCGAAUCACCCCCUGGCAAUUCCAAGACAAGCUUACCAGGUGUCACCCAAAUUUUAACUGCUACACAAUUGGAGGAAAGGAAAGCCGUGGAAGCCGAAGAACAAUGGCAGGCACAGGCGCAAGAAAUUCGUCGUGAACUUGUCGCAAAGGAGCCUUCUAUUUCAGGGUCCAUUUGUGGCGAGGGUGACCUAGAAGGCCCAGUUCUAGAAGCAGAACGUAGUGAUAAUCAUAAUUUUGUGGCGAUACUUCAUCGUCGGCAUAGUGUUUCCGAUGCAUCCCAUUCUAGGAGACAUCGUUGCGAAGAUCAAUUACAGCGUCAUGUGUCUUUCAGUGAUGCCGAAGACGCUGUUCUAACCUGGGAACCUGUUGGUAUUACUGAUAAGUUUGACGAAUCAGAUGACUGGCUCGCUUUACAAAAUCACAAAUUACUCAACGAGGAUUAUAAACGAAUAUACGAGAAGAUAUUGGACCUUCAAAAUAAUCUAUGCCCAUGGGUACAGAGGAAAAUCGACGGGAUCAACCAUUUAGACGAUCAAGCAGCUCUUGACCAGGAAAGGUUUCAGGAGUUACACAUGCAGUUGAGCGAAGAAUACCAAGAUUUAAGGGAUAAUACACAGGAUUUCCUCGGUGAAGAACGAUCACAUGUUACAGAAACUCUCAAGGAUAUUGAAGUCCUUGGAGCCAAACUCGAGUACGAGCUCAAUUCUCUUGUGUCAAAAGUACAGGAUGUAGAGGAUGGAGUAUCUCAAUUUGAAAGACAGGUAGAUGAUCUUGAGGCAAGAGCAGAUGAACUGGAAAACAUUUUUAGAAAGGAAAGUUGGGCUCAUUGGCUUGUUCGCUCUAUUACGGGAAUUGGUACUGGACCAAAUAUCGUGGCACCAAGAAAUCCUUGA